CACUAAAUCCGCUAGAUUACUAAACCCGUCUCACGACAAGAGAAAGAUGAUUGUUUUACCCUUUUAAUGAAUGUUAAUGUACAGACCAGCUGUACCCGCUUUUAUUCUCAAGGAAACUACUGAAUCAUUCUGUGGAAUACAACUAUUUGGAAGGACGUCUUACUCAUCUUUUUUCCCCUUUUGGUUGGGAAAGAGCCCCACAGGGUUGUCGGGCUAGUGGGUCGCCAGGAGUUGGAAUAACGACGAUCUUACAGUACUACUUUACAUUGAUAUGAAGUCUUGUUUGGCGGAUUUCAAAUGCUGGGACAUGUCUCGGUUAACAUUUAGUUAUUAUUUUAGGCGUUAACAAUGACCCAGUAUGUGCGAAAGAGCCGUUUUCUGGACUGGCCAAAACAGUGUCAAAGGCUAAGCUAACGUUAGGUUUUUGGUCGUAACUAUUAUGAAAGCUACCCUCUGCAUUGACCAAGCGGAUAUUUAUAACUAACGGGGCACUUAUGUUACUUCAAAGCUAAAGUAAACUGUUUAAGGACCGACGCUACUUUGGCGUUUUCAAGUUUAAUCCUUUUGUCAACUUUGUAAUUGAAUGACACAGGAUUCAGUAUGUCAUUUUUUAAUUUCCGCAAAAUAUUUAAAUUGGGAGCCGAGAAGAAGAAGAAACAGUAUGAACACGUCCGUAGAGAUGAAAAUCCAGAAGAAAUAUGGGACAUAAUCGGUGAAUUGGGAGAUGGAGCCUUUGGAAAAGUGUUCAAGGCUCAAAACAAACAGACGGGCAUCCUAGCUGCAGCCAAAGUUAUUGACACAAAGACAGAGGAGGAGUUGGAGGACUACAUGGUGGAGAUUGACAUUCUGGCCUCCUGCGACCACCAAAACAUUGUCAAACUGCUUGAUGCUUUCUAUUAUGAGAGCAAACUCUGGAUCCUCAUUGAGUUCUGUGCAGGAGGGGCUGUGGAUGCAGUCAUGCUAGAACUGGAGAGACCACUGACAGAGCCUCAGAUCAGGGUGGUAUGUAAGCAGACUCUGCAGGCCCUUGUCUACCUCCAUGACAACAACAUCAUUCAUAGAGACCUGAAGGCUGGCAACAUCCUCCUCACGCUGGAUGGUGACGUCAAGCUGGCUGACUUUGGUGUGUCUGCCAAAAACACCAAAACGCUACAAAGGAGAGACUCUUUCAUUGGAACACCUUACUGGAUGGCUCCAGAGGUGGUGAUGUGUGAGACGUCCAAGGACCGUCCAUACGACUACAAGGCUGAUAUUUGGUCCCUUGGGGUCACCUUGAUUGAGCUGGCACAGAUUGAGCCACCCAAUCAUGAGAUGAACCCCAUGAGAGUCCUGCUGAAAAUAGCCAAGUCAGAUCCUCCUACCCUGAUGCAGCCGUCACGCUGGUCCCCAGAAUUCAGUGAUUUCUUAAGGCGAUGUCUGGACAAGCAUGUGGACAGCAGAUGGAGUCCGACACAGCUGCUACAGCAUUCAUUUGUGUCCAGUGUGGCAGACAACAAGCCACUGAGGGAGCUAAUAGCUGAGGCAAAGGCUGAGGUCACUGAAGAGAUUGAAGAGCACAAAGAAGAAGAAGAGGAGGAGGAGACAGAAGCACAUCUGGGCCACAAACGUGCCCCCUCUGACGUCAGUGUUGCUAGCUCUGAAGAUGAGAAGAUCCCCCUCUCUCCCUCCAUCUUGGAAUCAGUCCCUGAGAAGGUUGAGCCAAUUCUGCCCGUGCCCACUUCAACUGAGCUGCCUGUGGCCAACCAUGUGGUUAACACUAGUGUUGUGGAGGAGCCUGCUGCCCCUGCAGCUGGGGAACACAUAGAAGAAACUGCAGACACACUAGCUGACGAUGGAGAGGUAGAACACAAACCAGAGGAGGAAAAACAUCCAGAGCCAGGAGUAGAUGUUGUCUCCCCAGAGCCAGAGGCUGAACCAGAGGCACCUGCUAAGGAAAUGCAGCAGCUGGAGUUAGCUGUUGAAGAUGAAAAGGAAGUGGACACCGCCGAAGUUCCAGCCAAUACAAAGGCCAGCACAGAGAGUUCAGAGGUCACUGAGGCUCCUCAGGAAGAAAAGAUGACCGUUGUGGAGGAAUCAACUGCAGCAGCAGAAGAGGCAGAGGAGGAGGAGGACCGGUAUAAACAUCUAAAAGUUACAGUGACACUACCAGAGCAAGAUGAAGUUGCUCCAAAAGAGGAGAAUGGAGAGAAACCCACAGAAAGUGAACAAAUAAAAGCAGAAGACGAGAAGAGAGUUCCAGACAAAGCUAAGGAUGACAAAGAAAGAGAUUCAGACUCGGGGAGUGGCUCAGUCACAGAUAACAGCAGUGUGGACCUGAAUCUGUCUAUUUCAAGCUUUCUGUCCAAAACAAAAGAGCGUGGAUCUGUUUCUAUACAGGACACCAGGCGUCAGAAGAAGACAUUGAAAAAGACUCGCAAAUUCAUUGUGGAUGGAGUGGAAGUUAGUGUGACUACAUCAAAGAUCAUCACUGACAACGAUACCAAGAAUGAGGAGUUGAGAUUCCUGAGGCGCCAGGAGCUAAGGGAGUUGCGUCUCCUGCAGAAGGAGGAGCAGAGGGCUCAACAGCAGCUCAGCAACAAGCUGCAACAGCAAAAAGAACAGAUUUACCGGCGCUUUGAACAGGAGACCACAAGUAAGAAGCGUCAGUACGACCAGGAGGUGGAGAACCUGGAGCGGCAGCAGAAGCAGACCAUCGAGCGGCUGGAGCAGGAGCACACCAACAGGCUCAGGGACGAGGCCAAACGCAUCAAAGCCGAGCAGGACAAAGAACUCUCCAAGUACCAGAACAUGCUAAAAAACCGCAAGAAAGAGGAACAAGAGUUCCUUCAGAAGCAGCAGCAGGAUCUGGACAGCGCUCUGAAGAAGAUUAUCCAGCAACACAAACAUGAGCUCGCCACUAUCGAGAGAGACUGCCUCAACCACAAGCAGCAGCUUCUCCGCGCACGGGAGGCUGCCAUGUGGGAGCUGGAAGAGCGCCAUCUGCAGGAGAAACACCAGCUGUUCAAACAGCAACUCAAAGACCAGUACUUCAUGCAGAGACACCAGCUGCUGAAGAGACAUGAGAAGGAGAUGGAGCAGAUGCAGCGCUACAACCAGCGUCUGAUUGAGGAGAUGAAGAACAAGCAGACACAGGAGAGAGCCAGACUGCCCAAGAUUCAGCGAAGUGAGGCCAAGACCCGCAUGGCCAUGUUCAAGAAGAGCCUUCGCAUCACCGGAGCUGCCAUCACCCCCGAGCAGGAGAGGGAGAAAGUCAAACAGUUUGCAGCCCAGGAAGAGAAGAGACAGAAGAACGAGAGGCUGCAUCAGCAUCAGAAACAUGAAAACCAGAUGAGAGACCUACAGCUGCAGUGUGACGCCAAUAUUCGAGAGCUUCAGCAGCUGCAGAACGAGAAGUGCCACCUGCUGAUUGAACAUGAGACCCAGAAGCUGAAGGAACUAGACGAGGAGCACAGCCUGGAGCUGAAGGAGUGGAGGGAGAAACUACGACCCAGGAAGAAGGCCCUGGAGGAAGAGUUUGCCAGGAAGCUGCAGGAACAGGAAGUGUUCUUCAAGAUGAGCGGAGAGUCGGAGUGCCUUAACCCCUCCACCCAGAGCCGCAUCUCCAAGUUCUACCCGAUCCCCAGCGUCCACUCCACCGGUUUCUAGGGGAAACCUGCGUACAUAUGCAGAGACAUACACACAGCGCACAAGGAAACAAGCACACACACCGACAGUAAAGACAGAGCCUGUGCUGCCUUGCCCUCAUCCUCUGAAAACUGUUGAAGGGUGUAAGAAGCAUUUCUGUUUCUGGACUUCGUUCCUCAGUCUGCAGUUCUGCUCUGCAAGACCCUUAUUCUGCUCAUUUUGUCAGAUUAUAGUCAUUUGGAAGGAGAAUUAUGAAGGAGAUCUUCAGAUUGUGUGUUCUGGUCAUCACCACAAAACCACUAAAGCGAAGCAGCUCUGUCCACCCCUCUUUUUAUGAUUGAAUUGUUUUUUUAAAGAAUCCAGUGCCUGUAGAAUUUGUUGUUUUUGGCUUUUAAAUCCAAGCAAUUUCUGAUGAUUAUUUGCUGCUCAAUUGCUCUCUCAUUUAGACAUUUGCACUAAACAAACGAUAGCAUUUUUAUACUGCUUAAACAUAACGUUGAUGAUUUAAUUUGGUAACUAUAAAUAGCAAUCUUAUCAUUUAGAAUUGAUCAUGAAAUAGAAUGUAUUUCUGAUAAUGCAGACAGCACAUUUUUAAUAUCACUCUUGUUGAAGGAAUGAUAAAACAGUAUAUUUUAUUAAAUUACAUAUCUGUGUUAGGAUUUUAGAUUGUGAUACAUUAGAGGUUAAACUAACCAGUUUAAUGCAUGGUUUCAAAGUAAACUUCAGGAGCUUUUUCCAGCAGAAAUGUCUUUUCUGUUUUUUCUUCAGAAUGCCUUCCUGUCUCGAGCAUAAGGCUUGAGAUUACUAUUUAGCAACAAGCAAAGAUGGAAAUCUGUUUGUUGGAGACAGUAGAGACGGUGUUUACAGAGACAGAAUCACUGUUAAUUGGACACUAAGGAAAUCACUGUGGUGGCAGAAAGACUGUGGAACUAGCAUUUAUGUAUUUGUUGGUUUGUUUGGUUUUUUUUAGAUGACACCACUUUAUUAUUGUCAAGCAAAAAGCUAUGUAUCUGUAGGAGCAUUAUUCAGGGAUGAAUUAAAAAUGCAAUGUUUGAAUGAUGUCCAUAAAUUCUGGAAAUGAUGUAACAGUUUUUUGAGUUUCCUAGGCCUGAGUGUCAUGAAGCCCACUCAGCAAAUUCAAACACCAACAGCUUUCAGUUCCACUAGUUGAAACAAAAAUCCGCUGCAGUUUCAGAUGAUGAUGCCUCCUUUGUAUUUACUUGGUUUUCUUCCUAUGCCUCCUGAUGAUGUUUUGCUGCCAGGUGUAUCAUGAGUAGGCCUGCAUGGCUUUUCUUCUUUUUAUUGAUAUGAUAAUACUGUUGUCAUUAACAUGCUAGCUAAUAGCCUUAAUACGUCAGAAAAGCUGUAAGGAUAUACUAUAUACGUAGCAUGACUGCCCUUUAAGGUCAGACUCCAGAUUUUAUGCCAGCUCGUUAACUUAAAGUUCUGUUCUGUUACUGUAUGAUGCAUUUUAAGGAUUUCAGAAUGAUUGCAUCUAUUCAGAAAAAAGCAAAACAGAACAUGAGCUCUUUGCAGUUUUUUUUAUUUGGGCUGAUGUAUUGAUGCUGUUUUAUCUACAAACAUGUUCCGAAAAAUGGACCUGACUGGUUUAGGCCAUCUUCAUUUCUGAUUGGUUCAUUUUAUCAUCUCAUUUUCCUCCUUGAUUGGCUUUGAGAGUUACAGUUAGUCAAAGGUAUUUAAUAACUGAACUGUUCUGUACAAAAAAUGCAAUGAAGGGGUGCUGUGCACAAAACUCUCUCAGUAGCUAUUUAUAUGGAAAUACAGUGUCUGUGCUGUAGUUUUCUUAUUGGAGGUUUGCAGCAGACAAAAACAUAAUUACAGAAUCGAUCCUGUCGGUUUUCGUUCUGUUGGUCAGUUAGAGUCUACAAAAAAAACAAGUAAAUUGAUUAAAUUCUGAAUGAUAAAAAAUGAUAUCCAUAUGAAAAUCAUAAUGCAUUUUUUAAAAAUAAAUGUAUAGUUUUUAGACUGCCUGUGUAAUGUAGAUUUUCAUUCUGCUGUAAAUAAACGUUUUCCUCUG